GUAUUAAUAGAGCCCUAUAAAUAAAGGGCAAAUGCUCCCUUGCAUCACAAAAGAGAGUCCUUCAUUGACAUAUAUGGCAGAGAGCUCAGCUCCAUCCCAGAAGUCCUAUGAUCACAAGCCGGCCCCCCCAUCAGCCGUGAAACUAUUCGGUUUCCCAUUAACUGAGCACCAUGAAAUAUCAGCCAAAACUGAGAAUUGUACAGAAAGCAGGAAAUUUGAGUGCCAUUUUUGCCGACGAGCCUUUGCCAACUCACAAGCGCUAGGAGGCCACCAAAAUGCGCACAAAAGAGAGCGGCAAAGAGCCAGGCGCGUCCAAUACCAUUGUGAUCGGCGCAUACUCGCAGGUGCUCCAGUUCCGAGCUCACAUGCUGUGAAAGCAUCUUCAUCUUCCAUUUCUGCCGGAGGAUUUAGUAGCAUCGGUUUUGCUGCUAAAUUUAGGCCACAAGCAGCUGUAAGUUCUCGUCCAUCAUCGACAAGGCCCCAGCUGCUGCUUCCGUCAUCUACUUCUCAGUUAACCUCUCUAAUUUAUGUUGCGCAGCCUUUGCGCUCAGGCAAUGCAAUGCCAUCAUUUGUUGAAUUUCCUGGUAAAUUGUUGUCUGAUGAGGAUGUAGGGAUUGAUCUUCGUCUCAAACUUACUCCUUCCGUUAGUCAUAUAUAGCUGAAACCACUAAACUUUGUGCAAUUUUUGUCUCUUUUGUGUUUUUUUUAUUUAUUUGAAUUUCUCUUAGAAAAUAUCCUUUUUAAUUUCUAA